CGUUUGGAACUACAAGUUGAACUUAAAUUAAAUUAAAUGAAGAAGGAAGAUUAGGAGAAUAUUUGGAAAGACUUGGACAAGUUCUUCGUCAAUGAAUAUGUCCAAACAAUGGUUAAACCCUAAUUGCUAAUAAAAUUGAAUCUGACACAAUGUUCUCUUCCACAUUGCCAAUCAUUUGCUUCCAAAGAAACCCCCUGUUAUCUUUCUAGCUUGACAAUCGGUCGAACGUAAACAGUGUCCAAUGAUGCAUGUCCCAAAUAAUGAGUACACCAUUGAAUUAAGCCAAACACCUUUCAAUCCCAACAGACUUAACCCGCAACCUGGAGUAGCUUCACCUAGUACAAAAUUUAAAGGGCCAAAACUGGAUCGACUUCUUGCAAAUGAUCUACUGUGGAACGAAAUAUUUGUACUUUCAUGUGCGUUUGCUGUGUCACUGGACCCUCUCUUCUUUUACAUUCCAUACAUCGAUGAAAAAAAUAAGUGCCUUGGAAUGGACAAGAAGCUGAAGAAUGCAACUCUUGUUUUGCGACUGCUCACAGAUACCAUUUUCGUAGUGCAUAUUAUUCAUCAAAUUCGUCAGGCCAUUAAAUCUGUCAACUCACAUGAAAUGGAAAAUCCCGGUUGGGAAGCUAUGGCAGUAGCCAGAAAGUUGUCGUGGCGCUCGAUCGUUACUGACAUUCUUGCUGUUCUUCCCAUCCCACAGGUGCUUUUAGUAGGUGUUUACUUCAAAAUUAAAGUAUCUGGAUAUGUGGUCAAAAGAUCGGUUCUAUCUUUUUUCCUUCUUGCCCAAUAUCUUCCGAGGAUUUAUCGAAUUCACCUAUCCUCUCACAACCUUACACGAACUGGCAUAUGGGCCAAAUGUGCAUUCAAUUUGUUCCUUUACAUCAUUGCAAGUCAUGUACUUGGAGCCUUUUGGUAUUUUUUUUCUAUUCAACGAGAGACAUCAUGUUGGUAUCGGGCAUUAAAAAAACCUAACAUGACAGACUUGGGUACUUUUUACUGUGACGACCGUGCUACGGCAAGAAAUAAUAUAUCAUUUCUAGAUGAAUCUUGUCCCAUAAAUGUUCCUGCAAAUACUACACCGCCGUUUGAUUUCGGAAUAUUUCUUGAUUCUCUUCAAUCUGGAAACGCGGCGUCGUUGGAUAUUCUGGGCAAGGUGAUCUACUCGUCUUGGUGGGGACUGCGAAAUUUAAGCAACUUUGGCACAAAUCUGACAACAAGUACAUAUGUGUGGGAAAACAUCUUUGCAAUUCUUAUUUCUAUCAUUGGAAUAUUCCUAUUUUUAUAUCUCAUAGGAAAUGCACAGACGUUUAUGCAAUUGGCAACUACAAGGUCGGAGGAUAUAAGACAGAAGAUUAAGAUGAAAGAGCGACAUAUAGAAGAGUGGAUGGAGAAAAAUGAUCUCCCAGAAGAUUUUAAAAAAGAGAUCAAGAAAAACGUAAAACAAAAACUGAAAGAAAACAAAGACGCUGAUCUGGGGAAUCUGUUCUCCAUUCUUCCUUGGUACACCAUGAAACCCCUAAAGCGUUUUCUGUUCAUGAAUACCCUAAGGACAGUACCAAUGCUCAAAGAAAUGGAUGAAAAAGUGUUGAAAAUGAUCUGCGACUAUCUGAGGCCAGUGACGUACGACGAGAAUAGCUUCGUUGUGCGAACAGGAGACAUUCUCGAUCGGAUGAUCUUCAUUACGGAAGGGUUUAUAUGGACUUAUGUGGGCGGUGAUCAGAAUCGACAUGGUGGUGGAUCAUCAUCGGGUUCUCAAUCCUCAUCAAUGCCAACCAACAUGCUUAAGAAAGGCCAGUUCUACGGCGAAGAGCUUCUCUACCGGCAGUCAUCUCCGUCGCAACUUCCUAUCUCCCCACAAACCGUUAAAUGCCAUACAAAAGUCGAAGCUUUUGUUCUUAUGGCCAAGGACUGGACAAGUAUAGUCUCCAAAUGCAGAUCGUUGUUGCCGAACAACAUGAACCACGACAACAACAACAACAACAACAACAACAACAACAACAACAACAACAACAACAACAAUAAUAUGAACGUUACUCAUUAUGGACAGCCCUUACUGAGGGGCUUCGAGAGCUCUACGGCCUCGACACCAGGAGUCCGGUAUUUCGAACCUGCUAUGCGCCCCAAUUAGUCGUCCUGCACGUCCCAUGUGCAUGUACCUUAUGAACAGCAGUUUUUUAACUUUCUCUUUCUCCUGUUUUGGUCUAUGUGGCAUGUCUUUGAAUUCUCUCGUGGCAUUGUUUAAUGGAACAGAAAGGUCUAAUAUGGCCCAUUGGGCCUGGUUUAAACAUGCAGAUUACAAGAAAGUGGGUUUCGUAGUAA